AUGUCUGAUGAAGAAUCAUUAUUCGAUUCGAGUGGUUAUUUUAAUAUAUCAAUACCACUGAGCCUGCUGCUAGGAUUUGCUGAAAAUUAUAAAAAAAUAAUUAUCAAUGCAAAACAUGAACUCAUCCUAAUAAGAGCAAAUAGUGAUGUGAAUGCCUGUCUACAAGAACAACCUGCGGAAGGAAAAAGUGGCGUAAAAAUACAAAUUAAACUUCAAAAGGUGAAAUGGAUUGUUCCAUAUAUCGAAGUGUCUGAUAAGCAGAAAAUUCAACUUUUAAAUUAUAUUGCCAAGGAUCCAUCCAUAGCAAUCAGUGUUCGUACAUGGAAAUUGUACGAGUAUCCACUAUUACCUGCAACUACAAAACAAAAUUGGAGUGUGAAAACAUCAACACAAUUGGAAAAACCGAGAAACAUAAUUUUAGGCUUCCAAACAGGACGAAAAAACUCUCUGUUUUUAAAUUCACAAUCAUAUCCUUAUGGAAAUUUAAAUAUUGAUUUUGCUCAUAAUCAAUUCUCAUUAUUAUAUGAUAUGUUUGCAUAUUUCCAAGCUUCCUACUAUUACACAGAAACACCACAACCAUUAUUUACGAGACAAAAAUUUUUGGAAGAAGCUCCACUUAUUGUCAUAGAUUGUUCAAAGCAAAAUGAAUUUUCAAAAUCUGGACCAGUAGAUAUUCGACUCGAAUUUGAAUCAACAACACAAUUUCCAGCUCAAACAUCAGCUUAUUGUUUGAUUUUACAUGAUCGAAUUGUUGAAUUUAAUCGAAUUAGUGGUUCAGUACGCAAGCUCGUUUAA